AUGUCGCUGGCCUCCGUUUUGUCGCACGGAAGCCCGUAUGUAAUCACAGUUCUCAUUGAUCACAUGGGCCAAGAUGAGGAGGCUCCUGGCACUGAUGCAAUCAAGGUCCCACGAGGAAUUUUGAACUAUGGCAUUUCAGGUCACGCCCAAUCCGAAGUCUUGUGGAAGUUGACGGGCAACCUUGGAGGAGAGCAGUAUCAAGAUCUCGCCCGUGGUCCUCUCAAUGAAGGCGGCAUGUAUGCGGAGAGACAAGGAUACCAUUAUCCUAGUCCACCAAGCUCAAAAUGGAAACUAUCAAACCCAGUCACAGAUGGCUUAUCACAAGCAGGUGUUGGAUUCUAUGCUGCAUACUUCCAGCUGAAUAUCCCCAGUGGAUGGGAUGUUCCAAUGAGCGUGGUGUUCAACAACUCAUUUCAGAAUAGUACUGAAGAUACUAGAGGCAGCAACUACAGAUGUCAGCUGUUCGUUAACGGAUACCAGUUCGGAAAAUACAGUAUGUACCCCGCUUAA